AUGGGCAAGGGUGGUGCCCUUGGUGGGCCACAGGCCGAGCAUCAGGCGGCUCUUGACCGCAGGGUGCUGCGACAGGAGUACAGGAAGCUUCUCGGCGAUGCCGUCGAGGGCAAGGAGCAGCUUCAGGAUGCGGGCAGUGGCGCCCUCAAGACAAUGCUGGAAAAGGUGGAGCUGCUCAGGGACAAAGUCGAGAAGCCCCGAGAGCAUGCGGUCGACGCGGACGUCUUCUGCCACCUGACAGAAUGCGGCCUGACUAUGGUCAGCCGCGGCCACGCGGCUAAUCAGGGCCGCACCCCUGCAGCGCUGAUCGCGAUGCUGCGCCAGGCGUACGGCGGCGAUGCUGCCGCCUCCUCCGGCCCCCUCCACCCAGAGGCGAUGCAGUGGGCCGCUCUCGGCGCCUCCGCCGCCGCAUAUGUUGCGCGCGCGCCGGGCGUCGGCUGCAUGCUGGGGCCCAUGGACGUGCCGCCAAAGGCGCGUGCAGCGCCGGCACAGCGGCGGCAACGGGCGGCGGAGCCAAGUGGGGAGGUGGUGCACGCGCAGGAGCUCGCCACUGCGCAGCUGGGCGGAGAGCAGGACAAGCAGGAGACCGACCGGAACGUGUUGGUGAUGUGGGACUGCCUGCAGCGCGCCGGUGGCGCGGCGCGCUUCGUGCCGCUGGUGCUCAACCACGACAGCUUUGCGCAGACGGUGGAGAACAUCUUCACGCUGAGCUUCCUGGUCCGCGACCGCCGCGUGAGCCUGCAGACGGACGAGGAGCGCGGCACGCUGGUCAACGCGGCGGCGAAAGGCACGGCGGCGGCCGGCGCGCCCAUGCAGCUGAUGCUGAGCUUCGAUAUGGAGGGCUGGGAGGAGCUCUGCGCCGCGACGCGACCGGCGGAUUGCCUCAUGCCGCACAGGGGGCCGGGAGGGAACGCGGGCCGCAGCGCGGGGGGCAGCGCGCAGCGGCAGCAUUCAGGCGGGCGGCGGCGGCGGGACGAGGAGGACGAGUGUGAGGACGAGGAGGAGGACGAGGAGGAGGAGGUUCCCGUUGAUGUGCCAACUAAGCGCGCGCGCCGUCGCAGCAGCCGCUAG